CAAUUUAAUUGUGGUGUACAGACUAGAGGUAAUUUUCUCAUGAUCUUAAUUGUGAAUGAUGAUUCAACAUAUAUAUGAUCAUGAUGAUGUAUAGAAUGACAUGAAUGUGAAAAUGUGUCCCUUCUAUUGGUGUAUUUUUCUCUCUUUUACACUUUUCUCGAGUACCUUUGGGGACGAUCCGUUUGCUGUGAAUACUGCAGAUUUCACUGACACUACGAAGCAGGUUUUUGCAGGUGGUUCUGCGGACGGAAUCGUCGCAGCGUACGGUGACUUUGACUCGGAUAAACGCACUGACGUUUUUGUUCUUCGAGAAAAUGGCCAUGUCAUGGACAUCUACUUCCAACAGAUGGACGAGUCUGUUACCUUGUCAAAGAAAAUACACAAUGUGUCCAUUCGAAUCAAUGACACCAUAACAAGCGUUGUCCCUGCUGACUUUGAUGGGGAUUCCCAGAUGGAUGUGCUGAUCACUACAAAACCUAAUGGCUAUGUUUUUAAUGAAGGAGUGCCCACCUCUGCAUUUGUUUAUUGGGGACAAAAUGCAAAAUACAAAUUGGGGCCAAUUACAACAGUAAGCAAUGAUUUACAAGGUCAGCCGUUACUAAUGGACUAUAAUGCUGACAUGAUUCCAGAUUUGUUUGGUGUAAAUACAAGUGGAGUCAGACAGUUUUGGACUUGCAAUGACACAAACAAAGAUCAGUUCAUCAGUGUACUACUUAAAGGUGAAGACGCUCCGCUUAGUAUCCCCAACUCCAACUCAUUCUUGGAUGUAACCAGUGACUAUGCUACUGACCUCAUCGUGACUUCCCUCUCUGAAGAGCAUAAGAACCAGUUUGAGAGAUGGGAGUUACGGGAUUCAGAUGACUGGAAGAAGACAGGGGGUUACGGUCUACCACCAGAGAAGAAAAUCACCCACGUUGGACAAUCUUCAUUUGCUGAUAUGAAUGCAGAUGGCAAGAUUGAUCACAUUUUACCUGUGUGCUUGGAUGAUAAAUGUCAACAAAGUCGAAUUUAUUUGUAUGACGGAGCAACCAAGAUGUGGCGUCUGUAUUUAGAUUUGGCAAACAUUGCGGAAGGAAAGACAUGGGGAUUUGUCCCUCCUUUGGAAAAGUCUAGAUGGGCUUACUUACCCAUCACUGUACGAGUUGGGGACACCAACAUGGAUUCCUAUCCAGACAUUGUCUGCAUUCUACGCUUAAAGAGCAAUGGCACGAGAAGAGUUGUCAUCCUUGAAAAUAAAGACGGGACAAGUUUGUCGGCAGUGUGGGACAGCAAAGCCCUCAAUAACAUUCAGAUGCCCAUCCUGGCUACAUUCAUGGAUUUAACACACACAGGGAUAUUGGACAUUCUUGUCGUCAGCCAGAUCAACUUGGAUGAAACACCUCAUAUACAUGUGAUUAAGAACAACUUUGCUGUUGAUGCCUACUUCUUCAAAACCCACAUUUUGAGUGGUCUAUGCUAUAAUGACUGCAAUGGCCUUUCAACAAAGCCGUAUGGUGUGAAUCAGCCUGGUCCAUUUGUUCAUUACAUAACGACCAGCUCAACUGGUACCCAGCAACUUGGCGCUGCUGCACAGUUGUAUCAGUCAGCCCACUUCUCCUUACAGCUGCCGUACGUGGUUCUGGGUCUUGGCCAAAACCCAAAUUACGUUGACUACCUGACAGUCAGUGUUCCAGCUCCUACAACAAGACGAGAAGAGAACCCCAGGCAACAUACAUUUACAUCCGUUAUUCCCAACUCGGAAGUUAUUGUCAUACCACAACCUUUGGACACACCAGAAGAGUGGAAAAGCGUGUUGAUUAUUACGCCAGGUAGAUCGGUGUUAGUGACGGGUGGCGUGUUGGUGGGAACCUGUAUUUUCAUGGCACUUAUUGUCGGUAUUUUGCAACUCCUGGAAAAGAGAGAAGACGACAGAGAGAAGAGACAGGAGUCUCAUCGAUUCCAUUUUGAUGCCAUGUGAUCAAUCACCUGAUUUCAUCUAUAUUCCUUGCUCUAUACCCAGUCUGUCAACAAUUGGAGGUUCGGGAUAGUCAACUGUCUACCCCCAAUCGACGAUGUUAAUUUAAAAGCUACGUGCGCGGCCGUGUGGUGUGACUGGCCUUGUUACAUAAGAGCCAGCAAUAGUUCAACUUACUCUGGAUUACUUCUACAAAUAUCAUUGUGGAAAAAACAUUCCACAUACUUAAAUGUUCCAUGAACAAUUUUUUUGGCUACGUCACAACAUCAGUUUUGCCAACUUGUGUCGGAAAAAACUAUAUCAAUGUACUAUGCAGACCAAUAACUAAAACUAAAAAAAUCCACAGACACUGUAACCAAAACAAACCGAACUUACAAUUAAAAUGACGACGUCAAUGUAUCAUUUGAGCGAGGUUAAUAUUAGAAAGCAUGCUUGAAAUAUUCAUAAAGAGUGAUUUCUUUCCAUGGUGCGCUCGUUCCUGGUCAAGAAAAACACAAUGUUUGUUAUGAAAUGGUGGCGAUAGUCGUUUAUGUUGCCGAUUGUUAAACCGCCCAAUGAUCGUCGACGCCGAAGAGUUUUUGUUGCUGACGGAUGUUAUACAGAUGUGUACAUUUUUGUUCAAAAUUUAGCUGAAACUACUCUUAUAUCACUUUAUAAAAUUUCCUUUAUUUCGAAUGCUACACACUAUGCAGUAUACGUGGCAGUUUUCUACAACGUUUUGACAACUGCGUCUUUCCUUGGCUGCAUGUGUAAUUACAUUAUUCAUGAAAUGUAAUAAGAUGUAAAAACUCUAAUCCUCUUUCUCUUCUGUCGUGCUUUUGUUCAAUUAAUAAGGUGUAUUGUACAUGUAUAUUGAUGCUAAUUAUUUAUUCAGAAUUGUCUUAAGUAUAUUUACAUGUAGUUUGUUUCUUACAAAUACAGCGGCACCAUAAAGUGACAGUGUAUCGUAUAAUAUUGUAAUUUAUUUAUUCUUCCAAAAUCAUAUUUGUUUCAUGAUCGGCGUCAACUCUAGUGCUGAAAGCAAAUUCUUGUUGUGUCUGAAAGUAUGAUUAAAAUUUGUGUUAGCCUAGGCAUUUGGCUUUUCUGCUAAAUCAGUUCCGAUAUCUCUCUAAGUGAGUCAAGAAUGAAGCACGGAGAACCCUUGUGGCUUUCGCUUUAAUCGCCAGUAGUGAUUUCAAGAAGUAUAUACAGUACAUUGAAUGGGGCGUGCAUGCUGUAAUUAUCUGCACUACACACGCUCUCGAUCUCGCACUUUUUGCUUUAAAGAUGACAAAAACCAGCUAUUUAUCUAUUGUCGAAUUAAUUAUGAAUAAGACAGGCAGAUUAGUACUCGCCCGUGUCGCUUUGUGGUGUUGGUGGAAAACGGAAGUAGGUGCAAGAUUAUGUCGCAACUGAAUUUGAGGCAAUUAUAGAGAUGGUUAGUAUUUUGUUUAAGAGUGGUAAAGUCGAAUUAGUUGAAAUUCGAAGAGUUUAAUUUUGCUGGUUGUUUUUAGUUCAGUAAAACGUAGGAUUGCCGUUAUGGUGCAACUGUGGUCUGCGUCAGCGCUGUGAAAUUCAGAGCAAGACCCAAAAUCUUUUGGCUAAAAAACUGACGGGUCGACUCGUCAUACCACGUGGCGCUACACUGCGCAUCCUCUUGUUUAGCGUCAAGCUGACGGAUCUUGUCUUGUUAAUACAACAAAGUCUCUUGUAACAAUUGUCUCUCUUCGUGGAGGAUUUACUUUUAUUGCAGGAAAGUGUGUUACAUCAGUCUGAAACUAAACCAACUUUUUUAGAGAAAAAGAAAGCGUAGGCGAACACACUGAGGAGACCAGAACGUGUAGUUCCAAGAUUGAAGCCAUUCGUGUAUUGAUUAACUUCUCUAUGUAAAUUGUGUACAUUCAUUUGGGGGAAUGAGGUUUAAAUAAAAAGCUUUAAAGGUUUUCGUGGUUUUGUGA